CGAGGGAUGAAUGUACAGAGGAGAGAUUGUGCCUGGAUGGAGACGCAGGGAUGCUGUUGCUAGGGAACAGUGAGGAGACCUCCAUCUUUUGCAGCUUGCUCCACAUACAGCACGGUUCAGAAAGGUUUGGCUUUUAUAAAGGAGGGAAAUAAAUGCACCACAUAAGAGAGAGAAGGACUGAAGGAAAGGGAGGAGACACCAGGUGAUAUGACGUAACCUGGAGCGGGAUUAUGCGCUAGUCUGGGAAGAAUUAUAAAACACAUCUGAUAACUGCUCUGAAGGAAUCUGUAUGUUGUGGUUUCUGGAUGAUAACGGUCAUGCACAGAAGCUGAACAUCCUCCAGACGCCUCGCUUAGUCUGAGGAGAAGCACAGACGGCACCGGCUUCACCCCACAGACAGACAGACUGACUGACAGAUCUGAAGCAUGAGUGGAUUUAAUCGAGAGCUGAGACAUCGACAGACCUGAAGGUGAAACACAGAGAAACCAGCGUCUGCUUGUGAUCCGGAGCAGAGGAUGGGAACCACUGAAGCCACUUUACGCAUGGAGAACAUGGAGGUGAAAGAUGAGUGGCAAGACGAUGAUUUCCCACGGCCUCUUCCUGAAGACGGUGAUUUAGAUGGACUCACUGACAACACCGCUCACCGAGCCGCUCUGACGGCGGAUCACACGGAUUCGGGUCGACAGAAGCGCCGCACGCUCAUCGCUCCGGACAUCAACCUGUCGCUGGAUAAAAGCGAAGGUUCGCUGCUUUCUGACGACUUACUGGAAACCCCAGACGACCUGGACAUAAACGUGGACGACAUCGACACGCCUGACGACGACUCGCUCGGCUCCCUCAACAACACCAACGAGCUGGAAUGGGAAGACGACACUCCGGUGGCCAGUGCGAAGGGUCCAGGUGGCGACGGAGACGGCGGUGCGUCUCGUCUGUGGAGGACAGUGCUCAUCGGUGAUCAGGAGCACAGGAUAGACAUGCAGGUCAUCAGGCCGUACCUGCGUGUCGUCACACAUGGAGGUUAUUACGGUGAAGGACUGAAUGCCAUCAUCGUGUUUGCUGCCUGCUAUCUGCCCGACAGCGGCUGCGCAGACUACAGUUACAUCAUGGAGAACCUCUUUCUGUAUGUGAUCAGUAGUUUGGAGCUGCUGGUAGCUGAAGACUACAUGAUCAUCUACCUGAACGGAGCACCGCCGCGCAGAAGGAUGCCGGGCAUCAGCUGGCUCAAGAGAUGCUACCAGAUGAUCGAAAGACGGUUAAGAAAGAAUCUGAAAUGUCUGAUCAUCGCACAUCCCUCCUGGUUCAUCCGGACGGUUCUGGCCAUCCUGCGGCCCUUCAUCAGUGUAAAAUUCAUGGAUAAGAUCCGGUACGUCCAGAGUUUGGAGGAGCUGGCUCAGAUCGUCCCCAUGGAGCACGUGCAGAUUCCCGAGUGUGUGCUGCAAUGUGACGAGGAGCGAAAUAAAGCAAGGCUUGAACAACUGGCCAAGACAUCGGAGAGGCCGCCGUCCGUGGCUGCGGAGGCCUGUCCCUGACGCGUCUCAUUGGAUACACUUCGAGGCGAUUGAUUCAUCUGUGCAUGCCAUUUUCCAAAAAUGUUGGAUUUUAAAGAACAAUCAUGUUCAGCGGCUGAACACAAUCAUCAUCAUCAUCUCAAAACACAAUAACGAUGUUUGUGACACUCUGUCUGACGUUUUUCGAUACACACUGACCUUUGACCUGGACCACAGCCGGACCGCAGCUGAGUAAGUGUGAACAAGAGGACUGAAGAGGAACAUCUGUGCAAACUCAAACAUCUUGUGUCACAGUCAUUUGUGUUGUGCAGAUGUAAAACGUGGGAUGUUUAAUACCAGCACGAUUUUAACUUGAUGGGAAACGCAUUCAGCCUGUUACAUUAUGCAGCAGUUUACAUGAAAUCCUGUUUGCCUUCAUAAUCUUUCAUUGGACAACUUGACAUAAAAAACAACCAAGCACCAAAAAUUAUUUAGUCACAGUUUUGGGUUGUUGCCGAAGGUAACAUAUUAUUUUCUAACAUCUUGGUUAAAGGAAUAGUUCAAUUAGCCCAUUCAGGAUGCAGGGGAAUUUGUUUUUUCAUCCGAUUUGGAGAAAUGUAGCAUUGCAUCAGUGUAUGCAGUGAAUGGGUGCCAUC